AUGAAUUUUUCAUCCCUCAACGGCACUUCCACUAUAACUGGGAGUCGGACGGAAAGCUUCACCGUAGCUGUGACCAAAAAUGUGAUUGUCACAGCUCUCUGCAUCUCCAUUAACUCCAUCAAUGGUACUCUGGUCCAUACCUUCAGAAAGCACCAGAUCUUCUACACAAACCCUCGUUACAUUCUGUUCAUCCACCUGGUGAUUAAUGACAUGAUGCAGCUGGUCCUGACAACUUUACUCCACAUCAUCAGCUACGCCCUUUACACAAUCAGUGUGCCGUUCUGCCUCAUCCUGCUGAUCAUCACCAUCCUCACCACCCUCAACACCCCACUAAACUUGGCUGGCAUGGCAGUCAAGUGCUAUAUCGCCAUCUGCAUCCCCCUCCGUCACGGACAGAUCUGUACCGUCAAGAACACCAAUAUCUUGAUUGGUCUGAUCUGGGCUGUGAGUGCUGUCUCCAUCCUACCAGAUCUCUUCAUCCUUCUGGCCACAGAGCCACUACACUUCUUUCACUCUAAAGUUUUAUGUUCCAGAGACUUUGUGUUCAGGAGCUCUUACAGCCUGAAGAAGAGGGAUGCUUCACACAUUGUUUGUCUCGUCCUGGUAUGGCUCAUACUCUUCUACACUUACUUCAGGAUUCUGUUUGCUGCCAAGGAAGCAACUGAAGACAUUAAAAAAGCCAGAAACACUAUUCUCCUCCAUGGUUUUCAGUUGCUGUUAUGUAUGCUUACGUACGUGAGACCCAUGCUUGAACAAGGUCUGCUCUACUUAUUACCCAAACAGUUCCUGGCCAUACACUUCACCUCCUAUGUCAUUGUCCAGAUCCUGCCACGGUUUGUUAGUCCCAUUGUCUACGGACUGCGGGACCAGACCUUCAGGAAACAUAUGAGGAGGUACCUGCUUUGUAAAGUGAGCAUAAGAAACCACCCAGAAAAUGUCCUAACGUCAAACAUGAGGCCGACCAUGAAACUGCAGUGA